GGACGCCCGAGCGGUCAACGGCGGGGGGGGCGGUUGGCCGUUGCUGGGCUUCGCUUAGCGCUGGGCCUCAGGGGCUCCCCUCUUAGCGCUUCCCCUCUUAGCGCUUGCUUCCCCUCAGGGCGCUUCCCCUCUUAACGCUUGCCCCCCCUCAGGGCGCUUCCCCUCUUAGCGCUUGCUUCCCCUCAGGGCGCUUCCCCUCUUAGCGCUUGCCCCCCCCUCAGGGCGCUUCCCCUCUUAGCGCUUGCCCUCAGGGCCUCCCCUCACAGCGCUUCCCCUCUUAGCGCUCCCCCUCAGGACCAUCCCCUCAGGACCAUCCCCUCAGGGCCCGCCCCCACCGCCCCCACCAUGUCGGCCCGGGGUCCCGCCAUCGGCAUCGACCUGGGCACCACGUACUCCUGCGUGGGCGUCUUUCAGCACGGGAAAGUGGAGAUCAUCGCCAACGACCAGGGCAACCGCACCACCCCCAGCUACGUGGCCUUCACGGACACCGAGCGGCUCAUCGGGGACGCCGCCAAGAACCAGGUGGCCAUGAACCCCACCAACACCAUCUUCGACGCCAAGAGGCUGAUCGGCCGCAAGUUCGAGGACGCCACGGUGCAGUCCGACAUGAAGCACUGGCCCUUCCGCGUGGUCAGCGAGGGGGGGAAGCCCAAGGUGCAGGUGGAAUACAAGGGGGAGAUCAAGACCUUCUUCCCCGAGGAGAUCUCGUCCAUGGUGCUGACCAAGAUGAAGGAGAUCGCCGAGGCCUACCUGGGGGGGAAGGUGCAGAGCGCCGUCAUCACCGUGCCGGCCUACUUCAACGACUCGCAGCGGCAGGCCACCAAAGACGCGGGCACCAUCACCGGCCUCAACGUGCUGCGGAUCAUCAACGAGCCCACGGCGGCCGCCAUCGCCUACGGCCUGGACAAGAAGGGCUGCGCCGGCGGGGAGAAGAACGUGCUGAUCUUCGACCUGGGCGGCGGGACCUUCGACGUGUCCAUCCUCACCAUCGAGGACGGGAUCUUCGAGGUGAAGUCCACGGCCGGCGACACCCACCUGGGCGGGGAGGACUUCGACAACCGCAUGGUCAGCCACCUGGCCGAAGAGUUCAGACGGAAGCACAAGAAGAACAUGGGGUCCAACAAGCGGGCGGUGCGGCGGCUGCGGACGGCCUGCGAGCGGGCCAAGCGCACGCUGAGCUCCUCCACCCAGGCCAGCAUCGAAAUCGACUCGCUCUACGAGGGGGUGGACUUCUACACGUCCAUCACCCGGGCCCGGUUCGAGGAGCUCAACGCCGAUCUCUUUCGGGGCACGUUGGAGCCGGUGGAGAAGGCCCUGCGGGACGCCAAGCUGGACAAGGGCCAGAUCCAGGAGAUCGUCUUGGUGGGCGGCUCCACCCGCAUCCCCAAGAUUCAGAAGUUGCUGCAGGACUUCUUCAACGGCAAGGAGCUCAACAAGAGCAUCAACCCCGACGAGGCCGUGGCCUACGGGGCGGCGGUGCAGGCGGCCAUCCUCAUCGGGGACAAGUCGGAAAACGUGCAGGACCUGCUGCUGCUCGAUGUCACCCCGCUGUCCCUGGGCAUUGAAACGGCCGGCGGGGUCAUGACCCCGCUGAUCAAGCGCAACACCACCAUCCCCACCAAGCAGACCCAGACCUUCACCACCUACUCCGACAACCAGAGCAGCGUCUUGGUGCAGGUGUACGAGGGCGAGAGGGCCAUGACCAAGGACAACAACCUCCUCGGCAAGUUCGACCUCAGCGGGAUCCCCCCGGCCCCGCGCGGGGUCCCCCAGAUCGAGGUGACCUUCGACAUAGAUGCCAACGGGAUCCUCAACGUCACCGCCUCCGACAGAAGCACCGGGAAGGAGAACAAGAUCACCAUCACCAACGACAAGGGCCGGCUCAGCAAGGACGACAUCGACCGGAUGGUGCAGGAGGCCGAGAGGUACAAGUCCGAGGAUGAGGCCAACCGGGACAGGGUGGCCGCCAAAAAUGCCCUGGAGUCGUACGCCUACAGCGUCAAGCAGACGGUGGAGGACGAGAAGCUCCGGGGCAAGAUCGGCGAGCAGGACAAGAGGAAGAUCACCGACAAGUGCCAGGAGGUGAUCGGCUGGCUGGACCGCAACCAGAUGGCCGAAAGAGAAGAGUUCGAACACAAGCAGAAGGAGCUCGAGAGAGUCUGCAAUCCCAUCAUCAGCAACCUUUACCAGGGAGGGCCCGGGGGAGGCGGUUCGGCCGCUUCCGGGGGACCCACCAUCGAGGAGGUGGACUAAACCCGCGCGCCCCAGCCGGUGUCCCCCUCUCCUCGGUCCUCGUUUUCCGUUUUUGUUCCGAUAGUGGGUGACAGAUACCGACCCUAACCAAGAAAAGCCUAGCCCGUUGUCUGCCUUGCGGUCGCGGGGCACAUCCCUUGAGCUUCGUAGACGUUAAGUUUCUAAAGAUGAUUUCCCCCCCCCCCCCCUUAAAUUCAAAAGCCCUAACGUUCAGGAUUUCCGGAGCAGAUCUCGUGCUCGGUGUUUACGCCCGGAGGUGUAGGUUUCUGUUUGCUGUAAGAUCACCUGAAGAGCUCUGCCUCGGGAAUUUGGGGGGACGGAAUAAAAAUCGAGCGUCGCACUCUGCUUAUUUUUGUUCGUAUGACCGCGAGUCGAUGUAGGUUGAAAACGGGCUCGGCGCGGAAGGCUCCGAGAGAGUUUACGGUACUAGAUGGGAGCGGCAGAUAAUGGAAGCCCAAGACAGAUGCCUGCGUAAAAUCGAACGGGGUGUUUGGGGAUGCUCAGUCAGAGUCAUUUAGAAGCUUAAAUAGUCUGACUGCCGCUCUUGCUGCUUUCUCUGAUUUGUAAGUUGUUACUAGACACACGGUAAAAUGCCUUUAUUCUGCUGCAAGUGUGGCGUUUACCAUCCUAAAACACUGUCGGACGGUCUUGUUGGGUAGAGAAGGGAAAGCCACGUAAGAGGUAGCACACUUUCUGGUGGAAACGGUCCAGUUUAAAAGCUGUUAAAUUAUACUUGGUGGUGACCGCUGCCUUCGGGGACCAGAUUUUAAGGGGGAGAUCAACUGAGCAAACAGCCAUCGGUACUCCGUUGGAAAAAUGGGUAGCGUGACUCGCGGGACGUUCUCAACUAGGAAGGAAGGCCUGGCGAAAGUAUCUCAGAAGGGUCGAGGGGAAAUUUCUGUGCCGGUAAAAUACCCCUUCCCAGCCGCUCACACCACAACCUUUGGGGUUUAGUCAAUGCUGCAAAAAAUAACAAUCUGGUGAUAACUCUCUAGACGUCGUGGAUUUUGGCCCUGGCCAUGGGGGGUCAGGAGUGAAGUGAAUCUAGUACCCGUCACCGAGCCCAGCAUGGAAACUCCUGCCUCUCCUAGUAGACAGACAGACAGACACCUGUCAGCACUUGUGUGAAUCUGCUGUAAUGGAUCAAGACCAAACUCUAAUAUUCAUGCACCUGAAAUGUAGUCGAAACUGAUGAAAAUAACACUUCGCUGAAUAAACUUCCUACUUGUGGGCACUCUAA